AUGUCACUCUCAGUGAACGACCCACGGUCGCGCCGCUCCAAAUCCCCUGGUCGCGAACGGUCCCGGUCGCGCGACAGCCGAGUCCCGUCUCCAUCCCCCGCUCCCGCUCCCCAGCCCCCAGACGAAGAAGCAGAGAUCGAGCGCCAAUACAAACUCAUCACCGACCACCGCAAUGCCACAACCGAACCCCGAACAAUCUCCAGGGCCCCCCGCAGCCCCGCCCGCUACGACGUGAACCGCUCCAGCUCAGACGAAGACAGACGUCGCGCCGACCGCAAUGAGAGAUCUCGUCGUCGCGAAGAUCGCUACGACCAUUCCGACGACGACCGCGCUCGUCGCCAAUAUGUAUCCGCACCCGCGCCCGCGCCUCCCGUCUCCGCACAGAUCCCAUCUUCAACGCGCCAUCGCAGACGCUCCCCCGAUCGCGGCAGUCGCGUAGAUGACUCCGACAGCUCUGUCGAUGAUGAAUUGGCAUAUGGUGACGCGCCAGGUGCUCAUCCGAGUUAUGCGCGUCCUUCGAAAUUCAAUUAUGCCAAGCCUGCGCCCAUGGCACCCGUCCAGCCCCCGCGUCCUACUCAGUCUCAGCCCUAUCCCGGCGCGGGAACCGAUUGGGCUGCGGUGCCUGAGUGCGAGCGCCCGGGCUUCGUGCCGCCUUCGUCGCAUGCGGAUACGGCUUCCAUGCCUGGUGCUUUCCCGCCUGCUUCGGGUUUUGCUGAGGCGGCUGGUGUGCCCGCGCAGUUCGUGACGCCUGUUGCUCCGUAUGUGUCUGGUGCGGGAUAUGCGCCGUCGCAUUAUCGGACGGCUUCGGCUAGUGAGGCGGGGUAUCCGACUACUUCGGGUGCUUCGGGGUAUGCGAAUCCGGGUGUGUUUCAGUAUGCGCAGGUCGAUCCUAAUGUUAAGUAUACUUCGAAGGGGGCGGCUAAGCCGGCGUAUACGGCUUCUGCUCAUGAGCAAUUUUCGAGGACGGCGCAGCAGCCUACUCAGGCUCAGGCUCAGGCUCAGGCUCAGGCUCAGGCUCAGUAUCGGCAGCCGAUGCAACAGGUGCAGCCGCACGCGCAGUCGCAACCUCAGCAGCAGCAGGAUACGUACAGAUACCCCUACGAGCCGCAGGUUGUGGAGAUUGCGCCUGGUAGAGGUCAUUCGGGAGGUCGUCCCCACAGCCACUCUGUUUCGUCGAACAGCCUGGCCGUGGCGGCCCCUACUCCAAGCCAUGCAGGUCAUCCCCCUGCUAGUCCGUUACUAGAGCCGUACCACGGUACAUACCAGUCAAUUUCACCAAUGCCCUCUCCAAUCGUGAUUCCCUCGAUCCGCGACGAGGACAUCUCCGAUCUGGAACCCCUCGACGGCGGCACCUCAACCUCUGACUCCAGCCGUCACAGGCGCCACCGCUCUCACUCAUCCGUCGGCGAAAAAGACCACCGCAGCAGCAAGGAUCGAAAAGACAGGAAAGACAAAGAGCGAGGCUCCGGCGACGAACGCCGCAGACCAGCCCACUCCCGUCUCGACUCCUCGUCCUCCAUCGCCGACUCCACAGUCGUAAUCUCUCCAACAACAGGCCGCAAACGCGUCUCCUUCUACGACGCCGCCGCCGACGCAACCGCAAUGCAAGAAGCCCUCAACCACCGCACAAUCGACAACAAACCCCUAAUCCAAAUCCUCCCCCGCCUCACCAGCGACGAAAUCCUAACCCUCCGCCGCGAAUACAAAUCCCGCGUCCGCAUGCAAGGAAAAGGAAUUAAUCUCGCCAAACACCUACGCCUGAAACUCGGUUCUUCGAAUUUCGCUAAAGUUUGCUACGCCACUGCCCUCGGUCGCUGGGAAUCAGAGGCAUAUUGGGCGAACUGCUAUUACCAGGCUGGAACAUCGCGUCGCGAACUUCUCAUCGAGUCACUCAUGGGACGCUCGAAUGCCGCGAUCCGAGAGAUCAAGAGCUCGUUCCGAGAUACGAGAUACGAUAAUAGUCUUGAGCGAUGUAUGCGGGCAGAGCUGAGGGCUGAUAAGUUCCGUACUGCUAUUUUGCUUGCGCUUGAGGGUGGUCGGCAGGAUGAUCGUGAUCCUCUUGAUAAGAGGAUGGUUAUGCAUGAUGUGCAAGAUUUGAAUCAUUCGCUUGUGCGGGGCGGCGAGACGGCUAUGAUUGAGAUUAUUGUGCUCAGGAGUGAUGAGCAUUUGCGUGAGGUUCUUCGCGUUUAUGAGGAUAUGUAUAGGCAUAACUUUGCCAAGGCUAUGAUUCAGAAGUCGCAAAACCUGGUGGGAGAAACACUCGCUCACAUUCUCAAUGGCGCGAUUAACCGUCCCAUGCGCGAUGCCCUGCUUCUACACCAGGCUCUGCGGGAAUCGCGCAGUGGUCGUGAACGCUCUGAGUUGCUGAUCUCGCGACUUGUGAGACUUCAUUGGGAGCCUAGACAUCUGGCUUUGGUGAAGACGGAGUAUCGGCGUCGAUACCGCGAGCGAUUGGAAGAGGCUAUUGCGGAGGAGAUUCUCUCUUUAAAUGGUGGGCAUGAAUGGGGCGAGUUCUGUAUUGAAUUGGCGCGCAGUGCAUGA